GAAAUAAAAAAAAUCAGAAAAUAAAAAAGAAAGAAAACGCGUAAAGAUUUUUGUUGUGCUCGCGAGAUUCAUCAAUUCGAUUCCUUGUUCGUUUCUUCCCCGGCGUAAUCAUGACAACUUCAAAGAGGCUAGCAGACAGGAAGAUAGAGAAGUUUGACAAGAACAUUACUAAGAGAGGUUUUGUUCCUGAGACCACCACCAAGAAGGGCAAAGAUUACCCUGUUGGACCCAUCCUCCUCGGCUUCUUUGUCUUCGUCGUCAUUGGUUCAUCUCUCUUCCAAAUCAUCAGGACCGCAACUAGCGGAGGCAUGGCAUAAACUGAAUCACAAUUCAAGCUAGAAGAAGGCCAUUUUCAAAAAAUUAAUCUCUCUUUUUCUUCUUCUGUCUUAUCUCCUUUUCCCUUAUACUGUAGAAUGCGUUAACUUUCUGUUUACUUGUUAUGAAGAAUUUUUAGAAUCCUUUUUCUAUAAUAUAUCCAACUUUUAUAAUGUUGUCUUGAGGUUAGUUGCCAUUGCUGUUGUUAUGCUUUUGUAUACUACUUGUUGACAUGUCUCAACUUGGUUCGCCUACCAAACCAAAUGCAGUUACGGUUAAAACUAUAUUCUUCUGACGAGGCCAAACAAAGAUCUAUGACUAUGAUAGAGCCGAGACUCAAAAUCUACAUUGUCCGUUCUUUCCUCACAUAAUCUCUAACCGUUCCAUGGUCGAUUUGCCAUCAGUCAUCCCGAUCUGGAUUUGUUUACACUUAAUUAAAUUUCAGCUUAUUCCUUCCAGUAUUUAUGAGCACAAGUGUUUUCAUACUUGGAUACACACUUCUUUGUAGAAUAAAAC